ACCCGCUCUUCCUCUUCCCAAGGGACGUCAUAAUAAAUCCCGCCCUCCCCCCCCCCCCCCGGCCUCGCCCAAGCAUCACCCACUCCGGCACUUCCGGCCUGACCCCUGUCCCGCUCCUUUCCUAGCUCUAGCUGCUGCUCUGCCCCAGGAGUGGUCGCCUUCGUGGGGAGGCACGACACUCUCCCAGCUCGGGUCGCCGUACAUUGGUGUGAGGCCCUGCGGCCUAGUGUCCCUCACCAGAGGCCUCCCCUUGCCCAGCUGGACCGCCGAGGGACAUCGACGAGUGCCCUCCUCCAGCAGUCCCCGGCUUCGCCUGCCGCCCAGAACCGACCGGUCAAGAUGGCCGCCGCCGGGUGAGGCGAGCAGGCGAGCCGCGGGGGCGUCUGGGAGUUGUAGUCCCGGACGGCGCACUGACGCACUUCGCCGCCGGCCGACGGGCGCCAUUGUGCGGCGCGCGCCGGGACUCUGCGCACCUCCACCAGAGACGCGUUGAGAAGGAGGAAACUAUGGCCGCAAGGCUUCCGACGGUCUGGUCCUCUGAACCAGUGACCUUUGAAGAUGUAACACUGGGUUUUAACCCGGAAGAGUGGGGACUGCUGGACAUCAAACAGAAGUCCCUGUACAGGGAAGUGAUGCUGGAGAACUACAGGAACCUGGUCUCAGUGGAACAUCAGCUUUCCAAACCAGAGGUGGUAUCUCAGUUAGAGGAGUCAGAAGAUUUCUGGCCAGUGGAGAGAGGAAUUCCUCAAGACACCAUUCCAGGGUUUCCUGAGCUUCAGUUGGACCCUAAAUUGGAUCCUCUUUCUGCUGAGAGCCCCCUGAUGAACAUUGAGGUUGUUGAGGUCCUCACACUGAACCAGGAGGUGGCUGGUCCCCGGAAUGCCCAGAUUCAGGCCCUGUAUGCUGAAGAUGGAAACCUGAACCCAGAUUUCCCCAGUAAGCAGGUCCAACAACUCAUCAAGCAUCCAGGUGACCCUGAGGCCGCUCGUCAGAGGUUCCGGCAGUUCUGUUAUAAGGACAUGACAGGUCCCCAGGAGGCCCUAGAGCAGCUCCGAAAGCUGUGUCACCAGUGGCUACAGCCUGAGGCGCGCUCCAAGGAGCAGAUCCUGGAGCUGCUGGUGCUGGAGCAGUUCCUAGGUGCACUGCCUGUGAAGCUCCGGACAUGGGUGGAAUCACAACACCCAGAGAACUGCCAAGAGGUGGUGGCCCUGGUAGAGGGUGUGACCUGGAUGUCGGAUGACGGAAGCCGUCCUUGGAGAGGGAAGGACCAGGGUCUCGGCAGUGAGGACACUGGUUCCCUGCGGCUCUUGGAGGUACUUCCUGCAGAACAACCUGCCAAGGGCACCGCCUGCUGCCCCAAGGUCACUGCCCAGCAGGAGAAGCAGCAGGAGGAUGCAGCCAUCUGCCCAGUGAAGGUGCUUCCUGAGGAGCCAGUGACCUUCCAGGAUGUGGCCGUGGACUUCAGCCGGGAGGAGUGGGGGCUGUUGGGCCCGACACAGAGGACUGAGUACCGCGAUGUGAUGCUGGAGACCUUUGGGCACCUGGUCUCUGUGGGUUGGGAGACUACACUGGACAAUAAGCAGUUAGCUCCAAAUUCUGGCAUUCCUGGGGAAGAACCAGCUGCCAGCCUGAAAGUGCAAAAAUCCUCGAGGGACUGUGCCUUGUCCUCUACAUCAGAAGACACCUUGCAGGGUGGGGUCCAGGAAGUCCAAGACACAGGGUUGAAACAGGGGGAGUCUGCUCAGGAAAAAGAGCUCCCUCACAACCCUAAGUCCCAGGCAAACAGUGGUGCUCUUGACACAAACCAGGUUUCACCCCAGAAAAUUGACAAACUUGAGUCCCAGGCAAACAGUGGUACCCUUGACACCAACCAAGUUUUGCUCCAGAAUCCUCCUAGAAAACGAUUGCGCAAACGUGACUCACAGGUCAAAAGCAUGAAACGUAAUUCACGAGUAAAAAUUCAUCAGAAGAGCUGUGAAAGGCAAAAUGCCAGGGAAGGCAAUGGUUGCAGGAAGACCUUCAAUCGGAGUACUAAACAGAUUACGUUCAUAAGAAUUCACAAGGGGAGCCAAGUUUGCCGAUGCAGUGAAUGCGGCAAAAUAUUCCGGAACCCAAGAUACUUUUCUGUGCAUAAGAAAAUCCAUACAGGAGAGAGGCCCUAUGUGUGUCAAGACUGUGGGAAAGGAUUUGUUCAGAGCUCUUCCCUCACACAGCAUCAGAGAGUUCAUUCUGGAGAGAGACCAUUUGAAUGUCAAGAGUGUGGGAGGACCUUCAACGAUCGCUCAGCCAUCUCCCAGCACCUGAGGACUCACACUGGAGCUAAGCCCUACAAGUGUCAGGACUGUGGAAAGGCCUUCCGCCAGAGCUCCCACCUCAUCAGACAUCAAAGGACUCACACUGGGGAGCGCCCAUAUGCGUGCAACAAAUGUGGAAAGGCCUUCACCCAGAGCUCACACCUUAUCGGGCACCAGAGAACCCACAAUAGGACAAAGCGAAAGAAGAAACCCCCUACCUCAUAACCCUCAAGCCAGUUGAAGAAACAGUGCUUCUUCAGCUCAACCUUGCAGUGUAACAUGCACAGGCCUGCUUGUGAAUUGGCAAUGUGAAAGGGAAGCACUGAGUGAGGACAUUGACAAGACCAAAGGACAACUGGAGAGACUGCCCAGCACAUCAUGAAUAAAUAAGAAAAUGGAGUUACUAACAUGAGUUGGAAAAAAUAAUUUUCCAUUCAGUUGAUACUGUCUAUUCACUCAUUUAGUCAUUAAAAGUGAAGUAAUAAAAUCUGAAAAUGUUACAUAAUAAGUUUUAAAAGCCAGGUAAUUAAUAAUCUGCACUGAUACUACAUUUACAGUACCACAGUAAAGUAUUUAUGUGUAUAAAUAAGGAUCAAAAGAAUGUGGAUAAACUAUUGAUCUAUGUCUGUGUA